AUGAACCCUGAUAGAAUGGAGUCUCAGCCUUUUGUACCAAAAAGUGGGCAAGAAACUAAGUUCCCAUAUGAUCGCACACCAACAUAUCUCUUUCGACUCUAUGAACCUGGGUCACCCGGGUCAUCUGGCAUGCGAGAGGUCACGACACCAGUCCGUACCACGUCCUCUGGCGAAAAUUGUUCCGACAGAAUGAAUCUACUAGAGCUUCCGCCAGACGAAGCUACCAAGAAACUAUAUUAUCAUCUCUUGUGGGUAUAUGGACAUGAGCAUCGAUGCAAUCUCAUGUCCUGGUCCAGCUCUCUGUUAUUCGUCCUCCAAUACGGCUUAUUCAGAAACACCAAAGUCAACAAGACGCCCUUCUCGGAAAUACAACUGAUCAUGAUUGAUACUCGAGAGUUUCCAAAACAAACAUUUGUUAGGGACCUUGAUGUGUUAGAACACUUCCAUCCAUACGUCUCUGAUCUGGUCAGCAGGAUACCAGAAAACAAAACGUUUCCCCCAACACGUUCUCAUGUGUUGGAGCUCCAGAGCAAGCGAGAGGGCUCCAUGUACUUUGGAGAGUACCUCUCGCAAGGUCGUCUGGACAUUCAAGGCCGGUGCAGCCAAGUCUCGAUGCAGCGACUCAUCGAUACGGGACUUUUCACGCUGUGUCCUCUUUUACUUAAAGAUUGGACACGAUGGGCGAUCCCUGUCUGCAAUAUCAGGAAAACUUUCCUAUCGACUCAAACUACAGACCUAAAGAAGGUUCGAACUGCCAUAGCGAUGGCUCAAGUAGGUAUUGGGGACCGAUUUGCCUUCCCCUUUGCUGUCAUGUUACUCGCAUUGCAGUGCCGAGAAGCAACCGAUCCAAGCAUUCUAAAUGCAUUUCAUUCCAUGUUUACCAACCAGGAACUCAACGUUGUUGACCUCAAAUACGAUCUUGAGUCUGAACGAUUGCCGGAGCUUAAGCAGUUUAAAGAGUCAAUGGAAGCUAUAAGGAAAGAAAGAGAGGGACAAGAGCCAGAGUCAGAUGGACCAGAGAGAGGAGAGCCAGACCCCUUGGUUGCUCAGAUUGAGGGCCCGUUCAAAACCCUGUGUGUUAAUACAAAGUCGUCGUUCCCUCAUCGUGGACCGGGUGGACGAAAGCAUGUGGGAUUCGCUGAGGAAUGA